UGAACUCCAGUGAGCACUGUGGGCAUAGGGAGUAUAGGUGAAGUGAUCCCACUAGAACUUCUGAGGAUGAUGGGUUGACCUGGGAGGGUCUCUCACCUGAAAACUUGGAAAUUAUGGAAGCCAUAAAGGUCCUUCAUUUUGUGCCAUCUGAGGCUCCAUCAUCUGGGAGGUCAAAGAAUGGAUAUGUUUUCCAGGAGAUGGAGUUGCGAGAUGUGGAGCGGGAGGAAUGUGUUGAGGGCAAAGUGGGGAACCAUGACAAUACACCUAAGGACUACUAUGACACUCCGAUCCAAACAGGGAUUUCAGUUCCAGAUGACUCUGGGGAUGACCCUGGGGUUGGGCUCCUGAACACAUCAAGAAAAUAUGUGAAGCCGAUGAACUUCCAGGAGGAAGUGCGUGGCCACCGGGACCUAGAUGGCUUCCUGGCCCAGGCCAGUAUCCUAUUGGAUGAUAAGGCAACCACUCUAGACGAGGUGCUAAGGUGCAUGCUGACCCAUGUAACGGAAGACGGCCACGGGAGCUGUGACAUGGACGAGGUCAUGAACACUGUGUUCACAGACACAGGAGGAGAUGAGGACAAUGUGCAAUUGUUGUCCGAGACCAUUCAGGGUGUGACUGCUUCUGCCACUGGAGUCCGCUACCAGCAGUCCUGGCUCUGUGUCCUAUGCAAUGUGAAGAGCCUCCAGAGACGCCACGUCUGCAUCGCCCGUCUGGAGAGACCACAGAACUGGGGAGCAAACUGUUGUGAGGCUCGAUAUGUCAUCCUCAUUCUCUCCCCACCUAGGACGAAAAGCACCAAGACAGCUAUCGAGCUGGGCCGCACAUUCGCCACCAUGUUCUCAGACAUCUCCUUCAGACAGAAACUGCUGGACGCCAAGACCCAGGAGGAGUUCAAACAAGAGCUGGUGCACCAGCGUCAUCAUCUCUCCACGGUCAAUGAGAAACCAGCUACAGAGAAGCAGAUGAUCCAUGCAGAAACAGACCCACGCAGCAAAAAAACACUAAAAUGUGCAGAUUUCUUUAAAGUUGGCCAAGGUAUCUAUGAGGAUCUUCGUCGGCGACUACCACUCUAUCCCUCCGACUUCACAGACGGUAUGUACGGCAAAGACCGCUCCUGGCUGAAGUACACCACCACCGCCAUCUUCCUGUACAUUGCAAUUCUACUUCCUAACAUCGCCUUUGGUUCGCUGAACGAUGAGAGCACGCGGGGAGAGAUAGAUGUCCGGAAAGUCAUCGUUGGCCAGAGCAUCGGAGGAGUGAUCUACGCUCUGUUUGCUGGUGCUCCUUUGGUUAUCCCACUGACUACUGCACCCCUGGCCAUCUUUAUUAGCGUGAUCCGGGGAAUCUGUGAUGACUACGAUUUGGACUUCCCUGCCUUCUAUGCCUGCAUUGGCCUGUGGAACAGCUUCUUUCUCAUCCUGGGAGCACUUUUGAAUGUCAGUCUGUUCAUGAAGCUCUUCAAACGCUCAUCAGAGGAAAUCAUAGCCCUGUUCAUUUCAAUAGCCUUUGUUGGGGACUCGGUGAAAGGCACUGUCAAAGUCUUUAAUUACUUCUACCACGGGCCCACGCUGGCAACCAAUAACAGCACGCGGGUGCUUCUAGAGAUCAAGGAGUUAAUGGAGAAGGCUGCAAAUGCAACAGAGAGGCUGGGGAGUGGGACCAGCCAUGGGGCCCCUGUGGUGAAGCAUGACACGCAUGUGUUUCUGCCCGAGUCUCUGGUCCUGUGUACCAGGGAGAGGCCUAUCCUCUGUCUCCUGCUCAUGCUGGGGACUCUGUGGUUGGGGUAUGCCCUCUAUCAGCUGAGGAGGAGUCCUUAUCUGCAUGCCAAAGUGAGGGAGGUGGUGUCUGACUGUGCCUUACCCAUCGCUGUCGUUAUAUUCUCCUUCAUUGGUUCCUUCCUUUUCCUUGAUGUAGAGCUUCCUGUGUUCAACUUCCACAACGGGAAGAUCUUCAGGCUGGCCCAGUUUGACAAGCUGACGGGCAUGAACUGUCUGAGCGCUGUAGGCUUAGGCUUCCUCCUGGCGCUGCUCAUCUUCAUCGACCAGAAUAUUGUCAUAUCACUCACCCACGUCCCCGAAGCCAAGUUGUUGAAGGGAACUGCAUUCCACUGGGACCUGAUGCUGACCGGCUUCAUCAACAUCCUCAUGUCGUGUCUGGGUUUGCCGUGGAUGCACGCCGCAUUCCCACACUCCUCCCUGCACGCACGUCAGCUGGCCAAGGUGGAGCUGCACGUGGAGGGGGGACACCUCUAUGAAACCAUUGUCAAUGUGAAGGAGACGCGGAUCACGGCUCUGACGGCUAACAUCCUGAUCGGCCUGUCAGUGUUCUUGUUACCCAUCCCUCUGCAGUGGAUCCCCAAGCCUGUCCUCUACGGCCUUUUCCUCUACAUAGCAGCCACCUCCCUCGACGGCAACCAGAUGUUUGACCGCAUACUCCUCCUCCUCAAAGAACAGACUUCCUACCCUCCCACCCACUACAUUCGGAGGGUGCCCCAGAAGAAGGUGCACUUCUUCACAGCCCUGCAGAUACUGCAGUUGAUCAUCCUGUGUGCGUUUGGCAUGUACCCUCUGCCCUAUAUUAAGAUGAUCUUCCCCUUCUUGAUGAUCCUACUCAUUCCCAUCAGGACUAACCUGCUGCCAAGGGUAAUCGAGGCGAAGUAUCUGGACAUCAUGGAUUCCCAGCACAUGUAGACAGACAGAGGGAGAACUUUGAAAGGACUGAUACCAAGGCCUUGAUUCAAUCUGUAGCGCUGAAGACCUGCGCUAAAGCUCAAUAGAAAUUUAAAGAUAAUGUUCCCGCAUUUGCGGAGACUGCAUUCAAAGGAGGUGCUGUCGGCUCAAUCAGAAAUUACCGUUCAAUCAAAAUCGCACUACAGUGCAAAUCUUCAGCUCUAUGAAUUGAUUUGGCCCCAAAAAUACAAAAUGUAUUUUGUAAACUGGGUCAAAGACGUAUAAAAAAUUUGUGAUUCAUAUGAAUGUACCCCAGUAAAAUGUCAUUCAGUAUAACACUAAGUGUUAAAAAAAAAUGUAUGCCCAUUUUUCAUAAUUCCAAGGUUAUAUCCAUGCUUAGACUGGCAGAAAUAUAACUACCCAGAAAAUAUGACAUUAUUUUAUUUUGAAUACCACAUAUUUUAUGUGUCACAGGUACAACUCAAAAUUUAUUGAAGGUUUUUUACAUAAACUUCCUGCCUUACACUGAAAGAAAUUGUAAAAUCGACAAAAAUAUCUUUCAAUUCAUCCUUUGAGAUUUGUUUUUGUCUAUCUGAGUCAACAAAACAAAGUUAUUGCAUUUUAAUAUAAAAUACUGGUGUUAUACUGUACGACAAUAUUUUGUUACCCUGAAUGACACAUAUCACUACGGCCCAUAAAUAUUGAUUAAAUGUGAUUCCUUCAGCAACAACAAUAAUGAUCCUAUGAACUAUUAUUAGUAGCCACAAUAGUAUUUUUCAAGGACUCAGAUGGUUGCUCCAGUUCUGGAGGUGCAGGUUCAUGUUGUACUUGUACAAGUUGUUCAGGGGGGAUGCUCAAAAGAGUUUCCUCCAGUGGAUACUGGAGUUAAGUUCAUCACCACAUUCAUUUGUUUGAUUCUUUCAUGGUGCCUCCUCUAAUUUAAUCUACAUUUUCCCCUCUUUUUCAGCAUCAGAUUGUGUCAUUGUAUGGAUGGGUGGAUGAUCAGGAUUGACAUCCUUCUUUCUUCUCUGAUAGCUAAAAAACGAAAAUGGAAAAGUUAUGACACUGGCACAGAAUAGGAUUCACAUCCAUGAAAUGUUAUUAGUAGUCUAUUAAAAGUAGGUAACACUUAAUCAAAGUUUAAAAGUUAAAUCAACUCCCUCUCCUUUUCUCUCCCAAACAUGUUUUGUUACUAUUUCAUUGCUAAUGUUAAUAAUAAUCACUUUACUAUAAUUUGAGCCUGUGGCAACACUUUACGUUGCAUUAAAUUGCAUUAUUACACAAUUAUUACAUGAUAGUUAAUGUUAUAAUUAUACAUUGUUACACUGUAACUGGUCAAUUUCUAUUUAAUGCAGGUACAAAAAUGAAGCAGCUAUUAACCAAAAUCCCUUUUUAAUCCAUAAUUGUGUGUGUGUGUGUGUGUAAUAUUAUAUUAACUAAUAUAAUCCAUCAUUUAUACCUUAACUGCAGUGCAAUAAAACAUUAACUACAGUGUAAUAGUGCAACUUAAUGUUAAGUAUUAUCCACCCAGCUUUAUAUCCUAUUAUAUCCUAUUCUGUUGCUGACAGUAGCAUGAAACCAUGAAAACAAUACCUUGCUUUUCUUCUGGCUAGUCUUUCCUCCCUAGCAACUUGAUCUGCGUUAAUCUUUGUCUGUGCCGUGCAGCCCUCUUCUUAUUAGACAACGGCAUCUACAGCAUAAAGAUAAUGUACCAUGAAAUACCUUAAAAUGUCAUGAAAUAGUUUACAAUGAUAAUAUUCAGUAUUCAUACAACAAGUAAAUAUGAAUGGCAUGAUUAAAUGUUGUAAACUAGUGAAAACAUGGAUAACAAAGCUACUGUCAUUCAGCAUAACGGGUGGCAUUGUGGUAUAACAUGAAACUUUUGUUGUGCUGAAGAACAAAAGCGUGAUACUUAAGGAUGGAUUUCAUGCAUAAACAUAUUUAACAGGCAGUUCCUUGGCCAUCUAUAUAAAUGAAUGACAUUGACCUAUAAAGAUUAUCCUUACUCUUUUAUAUUUAAUAGAGCUUUUUAUAAAAUAAUAAGAUUAAAAGUAUAUUUUCAGUGUUGUACUGAAGGACAUGCAUUUUCGUUACAAAGGUUACUAAAGGGUGAAAAGGUGAAAUCAUCAAAUAUUUCAGAGAGAUUUACUCACCUCAUCACAUUGAUAGAGGGUCUUCAAUGGGUCUUCUUUGUGAUGUCACACACUGUCACAUGAUUACCAUCAUGUGAUAUGCUUUAAAAUGGCUUUUUACCUUACCUUACCUGUUAUACUGAAUGACCAGUAUGUCGCCCAUUAUUCUAUAUAUUGUUGCAAACACUAACACGGCCAUGGGUGUUCAUUUAUAUUUUUAGGAUGAAUUUCUAUAUUUUAAAAACACUUUUGUCAUUAGAAUUUUUACCCGGACAGUUACACUGAAGGACAUUUUGACAUUAUAGAGCUCAUUAACUCCCUUAAUUUAAUAGUUUGCAACACAAAUAUUUCUGGGUGAAAAGAAGGGUAAGAAUUGAGUGAUUUAAUAUUAUAUUCACACAUAUUUAGAUUUUUCUGUAAAAUGAAUGGCCUUCGGACACCAACUUUACACGUCUCGUCUUUGACCCAGUACAUGUUAAGGCACUUUGACUCCAGAGUACAAGACUGUGACUGGGUUGCAACCGGUUGUUGACUGAAAUUGAAAUCUGGAUGGACCACAAUUUUCACCUUUUUUAUUUGUUACGUAUAAGCCGUGCUUCUACAUUUUAUGCUAGGUUUCUGUAUAGCACAUUGUGAAAUCGGCUGAUGUAAAAAGGGCUUUAUAAAUAAAUGUGAUUGAUUGACAUACAGUAGUUGCUUAAUCUAUGUAGUUGCUUUAUCUAUAUAGUUGCUUAUAUAUUUAACAUACUCUUUAACCUCUCUUCUAAUUGUAUUAUGAGAAAUUCUGUACAACACAAGGCAUUAUCUAAUGCUGCCCCUGACCCACACCCUACCUUUAUAUAACAUGUUUAAGCUCAUUGUAUUGUUGUAUAUGAAUAAGAUAAACAUUUAGAAAGAUUAACAUUGUUUUGGUUUUAGGCUGGGGUCUGCAGAUAGUCAUGGUUGUUUAUACUGUAGUUCAAUAUUUUUGGAUACUUAUACAAAAUCAAUUCACAAUGAAUUGGCCAGAUUGCAAUGCAAAAAAGCCAUAACUUCUGCAAUUACAAAGUAACAUACAGGAUUUUAAUGUAAAACAAACAAAUAUGUUGCACAGUAUACUGCUUUCCUGCUGUUUAAGCUGUUACCAAACAAAUAAAGCCUUUUAAAUUA